AUGCGAGUGGCCCUCUGCCGUCUGGAGGUGUGCUACCUGCUCAGGCAAGUGGCCCUCCGCCGGCUGGAGGCGUGCUACUUGCUCAUGCGAGUGGCCCUCUGCCCCCUGGAGGUGUGCUACCUGCUCAUGCUAGUGGCCCUCUGCUAUCUGGAGGCGUGCUACCCGCUGAUGCGAGUGGCCCUCCGCCGGCUGGAGGCGUGCUACCCGCUCACGCGAGUGGCCCUCCGCCGGCUGGAGGCGUGCUACCUGCUCAUGCGAGUGGCCCUCUGCCAUCUGGAGGUGUGCUACUUGCUCAGGCAAGCGGCCCUCCACCGGCUGGAGGACGACUUCCUUCAACCCGUGCGGAGCGAGAUGGAGGCAGGAAGGGGUGAAGAUUGUGAGUACGUCCUGGCAGACGACGGCCUACUCUGGCACUCACCACGAGGCCGUACGUAUGCGAUUGCUGUCCCCAAACAGCUUGUAUCCGCGGUGUUAGCGCUGGUUUAUGGUGUGUAUGGACACCCUGGCACGGCGCGUACGACACUCUUGAUCGAGAGGAAGUACCAUUGGCCCGCGCUCAAGAAAGACGUCCGCGCCUACGUCCUGUCCUGCAAGUGCCGUCGACGAAAACGUUCAUGGAGCAAGCAGUUACUCAUGAUGCCACCUAGACUCCUUCAGCCCUGGGAGGUCCUGGAGAUAGAUAUUCAGGAUAUGAAGGUGACAUCUGACACGAACAACAGCCACAUCGACGCCAUGACACAGGCUCUCGACGAUGAGUCCUUCGGCCGCGGGCUCGAGAGAACCGCCCCUGACCAGCAGCGUUUGACACAGGAGAUCCUCAGAGAGAGCCACGAAGCCCGCAAUCGGAAACGACAACGUCACCACGCGAAGGUUGGGCGAGAAUCCCCUGGUGCUAAAGCCGACGUUGGAAGCUUGGACCGCCUGAGCUUUGCUGUGCAACUUGAUGGGCGACGAGUCCGUCAACGCAAAGUCACGGCUACUGACGUUAAGCCGUACCACCCACGAGAUGACCACCUCCGACUCCCGUUCGAAGACGAGUACGCACACCUCGUGUGGUCGGCCGACUUGGGUCUAGCCGACACCUCCGUAGUCGCCGUUCCCUUGUACACGCUAGUGGACAGGCGGGUCGCACAUGGUGCUGGAAACACUGCGGCGUGGACAUGGGAGUACCAGGGUCGCUUCCAAGACGGGACGUUGUCACCCUGGAUGGAUGAAGACGAGGCUAGCGACAACUUCUCCCCACUGCAGCUCGACGCCUUCCAUGCCCUGUAUGAAGAUUACCAUGGGACGCCGAACCAAGACCUGCCAGCCCGCCUUCGAGGGGCGCCCGUGCGGCUGCUUCAAGGGAACAUGCCCUACAACUAUUCCCCGUAG